ACUGCUCUAGACUCCCUCUCCUCGAAAGCUCCAUAGCCCACGGCGGGCCGGAGUGAUGGCCGUCUGCGAGAGGGUGCACAAUCUCAACACCACGGCGUUGCAGUGCGCCUUCGUUCGGAACACUGCCGACUGUCAUGCGGACGAAUCGUGGUUCGAGUAUACCACUUUCGCCUACUGCGGUCCGCUCGCGCCCUACCUUCCUAUCGGCGCCGAGGUGCUUUGGAUCGCCCUGCUUUUUCUGGUGCUCGGCAUGACGGCUGACGACUUCCUGUGCCCGGCACUCGUCGUCAUGUCGCGCACGCUACGCCUCUCGGAGAGCGUGGCGGGCGUCACGCUGCUCGCCUUCGGCAACGGGGCACCCGACAUAAUCUCCUCCCUUGCCGGCAUCGAACAGUCGCGGCCCGCGCUCGUCAUCGGCGAGCUGCUUGGCGCUGGCAUGUUCGUCACCGCCGUGGUGGCCGGCACCGUGUUCUUGCUGUGCCGCUUCGAGCUGGAACCGGACUCGUUUCUGCGCGACACAGUCUUCUACUUGGCCGCGUCUUUUUGGACCUUCUACUUGUUCUAUGACGGUGGCGUAACUCUGGGCCAAGCCGUCGGCUACCUUGGCCUGUAUUGCGCCUACAUUGUGGUCGUGCUUGCCGCCCACUUUUGGAAGCAGGCACACCCCGAGGAGGUUCCUUCUCUUUCGGACAGUGCUGCAAAAGUAGUUUUGGAAGUGCCCGUGGAAUAUCAGACCACUAGUCACCUGCUCAUGCCUCCGGUUUCACCCGAAUGGGUGCAAGAGCGGAGGUCUUCGGUCAGCAGCACGGCGAGCAACGGCAGCGUUGGUGAUGCCCGACGACGGCGAAGUUCUACGGGCAGCCUCCACCGACACCACGAGCAUGCCAUCGCGGCAUUCAUGCAAGCUUCGCACGAGGCAUCGAUGGAGCGCCGCAUCUCUCAGUGCUCGCAACCGCCUCUCGAGCCCGCUGUGACGAGUGAGAAGACUCCCCUUCUCGGCGGCACCGAGUCUUCCGCGGGCGGACAAGAAAUGCGCCCUUGGGCCGAGUUCCUAUCACAGCUGGUGCCUUGGGACCCUGAAGAGUGGGUCGAGCGAGGUGUCGCUGGGAAGAUAUACGAUAUUGUCACGUUUCCUGUGCGGUUCGUUCUCGUGCUCACAGUACCUGUCGUGGACUACGAGAACGCUAAGAACAACUGGUGCCGACCCCUGAACGCCUUGCAUUGCGUGACCUCGCCUUUGUUCGUGGUAGUCGUUCUCGGCCGUGCCGACGACUACGUAGCCGACAAAAUUCCCUCCUGGGUGCUAGCCCUGCUCAUAGGCGGCAUUGCUGCUAUGCUUGUGUGGUUCAGCUCCAGCUUCGAGAGCGCACCGUGCUACCAUUCUGCCUUCGGCUACGCGGGUUUUAUUCUGUCUGUGCUAUGGAUCUAUGGCGUGGCCAAUACACUGCUCGACCUCUUGCGCACCUUGGGACUGGUAGCGGGCGUUAGUGACGCCAUUUUGGGUCUUACCGUGCUAGCGUGGGGUAACAGUCUCGGAGACUUCGUGACCAACGUGGCCGUGGCGCGUCAGGGCUAUCCGAGUAUGGCCAUGGCGGCAUGCUUUGGCGGGCCGCUUCUCAACCUGCUAAUGGGCGUUGGUCUUCCGUACACUGUCGAACUGGCACCACUGGGCUUCAGCACUCGGCUUCCGCUGGAACUCACGCCCCUCGUGUCAACCCUCUAUGGGGGUGUUGUUGCUUCGCUGUUGCUGUCCCUGUACGCCACGUUGUUCUGCCGGUACCAGUCCAGCCGCCUCCACGGAGCGUCCCUUCUUGCCUUGUACGCGCUCUUCUUGGCAGCGGCAGUGACCGUUGAGACCACGUACGUCUAGUCCGUGGCGUCGGAACUGCACGCAGUGACCCUUGCCCCGCAUCGGCGACUGCUCUUUUCGAGAAACAAACCAUUCGGCGUCGCCCUGGAACUUUAUAUCCUCUGUCAUGGCGUAAUCCUGCCACCUCUUGUUCUCCCAUGUUGUCGUGGCUGCAUGUGCCUGCGCACUUUGUACGUACUACACUUCAACUGACUGUGUACUGCCCCGAGACGGCGCUGUCCACCGAGUGAGGUGAACCAGUGACAGGUGUCAUGACCUUCGGCUGUCAUGGUAGGACGUGCCUCCAACCUGCUCCCAUAAUUAUUUGACUAUGCUGGAAGAAUGCUGUCCGAGACGCCUCGUC